CACUACACGCCACUCUCUGUACAUUCAUUUGAGCUGAAAGCUUGGAGUUUGAGCAGCAGUUUUCACUACUUCAAACUCCGUCUAUUGCGAACUGGCAUUUCUUCGACGUCUCAGAUUACUCGAAGAUGUCCAGCUGCUAGCUAUAAAUCAUAUAAUUGCCGUGGAAGGGCUCGGUUGUCGUCGCGGAGCGAAAUGGCGGGGCCAGACGUCGCCAGCUGCUGGCCGUGCCGGGAGACCCAGGUCGCAUCGCUGAAGAAUUGGCUGUCAGGGCGAACUGCGUCGCACAUCAUUGUGCAUGGUCCUUCUGGAACGGGCAAGACGUCAAUAGUCAGGCAUUGCCUGGAGGCAUGGGGGCACCGGUAUGCCUACACAACGCUCCCACAGGAGUACAAGCUGCGCCAGCUGUUCAACGCGCUGCUGUCUCAGCUGUGGGGCCUCAAGCGCAAGCGGGACGCAGGCUUCGGCGCCACCGCGGGCGCAGACAGCUGGAACGAGUUCGCGGAGGCAGUGGCGGCCGUGUGCCCGCCCGGCGCCGCCCGCUGCUCGGUGUUGGUGCUGGACAACCUGGAGUGGGGCGCGCACAAGAACAUGCUGCCGCAGCUGCUGGCGGCCAUACGGUGGCAGCGGGCCAGUCUGGUGGUGGUGGCCAUCACGUCCACCGCGCCGCAGGACCUGCGCUACGGCCCUGCAGUGGGUCUGGGGCUGCCGCUGAUGCACGGCGUGCACUUCCCCGCCUACAGCCGCGAGCAGCUGGCAGAGGUGCUGGCGGCGAACCCGCCCACGGGCUAUGGCACUGACGCCUCCGCCACCGAGUGCCGGCCCCCUGGCUCGGCACAGCCUCAACGGCCGCCGCCUCCUCCCGGCCUGCUGCGUGAGCUGUGGGGUGAGUUCUGCCGCGCCUGCGUCGCCAACAACUUCAGUGCCGUGAGCCGCUCCGCCGCGGACCUGGCUGCGGUGGCGGGUUGGUUGUGGCCCAUAUACAGCCGGCCGCUGCAGGAGGGCAGGGUCCGCGCCGGCAGUGCCGUGGAGACCAUUGUCCGGCAGUUGGACGGGCUCAUGCAGCAGCAGCAAGUGGUCCGCCAGGUUAUGGAGGUGUAUCGGCCGGGCAUGCGCAGCCCACCACCCGUGCUGCAAGCGCUAUCGGCGGCGGCGGCGGCGGCCGGGCAAGGCUCGGUGGGCUCCGCCGGCGCGGGGUCGGGCGGCGACGGUGACGGCGGCGGCGGCGCACUGGUUGCAAACCUGGGCAAGGCGGCCAAACUGCUGCUGUUGGCUGCCUUCGUGGCCAGCCGCAACAAGCCCACACUGGACAAGGACCUGUUCGAGUACCGCACACGCCCAGGCAGGCGGCGGGGCGGCCGCAACGGCGCGGGCCCCGGGCGGGCGGGCGAGGCGCAGCAGGAGGCGGACCGGCAGGCUGAGGCUGCGAAGGAGGCGCGGCUGAAGGGCCCUCACGCCUUCCCGCUCACCCGCCUCAUCUCCAUCUUUCACCGCCUGUGGGCCUCGGUGCCCAGCCUGGGCGACGACCUGGUCAGCUCGGGGCUGUACGGCGGGUCGGUGUUCACGGCGGAGGGAGGGGGAGGGGCCGGGGGCGCGGACGUGCUGGAUGUGGAUCUGGCCACGGGCUUCGCGGGCGGCCGCAACGGACUCGAGGCGGUGUGGAGCCAGAGCGCCGCCGUGCUCAGUGCGGUGACGGGGCUGCAGGGCAUGGGGCUGCUGGCCAAGCACGGCUCCGGCGAGGACCCUCUGGAGCAGCCGCGCUUCACGUGCGCCAUUGACGACCCGCUCGCGCAGCAGCUGGCGGCGGACGUCAACCUGCAGCUCAACAAUUACCUCAUGUACGAUAAGUAGCAGCAGCACUGGAGCAGGAUUGGCUAGCGCAGGGUGUGCUGGACAAGCGGACUGACCGAGGCGCGGCCUUGGGCGCGGCUGGGGGUUACGAGAGGUUACUAGCCAAGAGCGCGCGGCUGGAGGGUGGCAGGGAGGCAGUGGUGGUAAGCAGGCAGCGGCGCGAGCUGCGCACGAGCCGGGGGUGCUGCAGGCUGCAUUGCGUAUAGGUUGCAGCAGACUGUGUGGUGGCAACUGGCGAGGCCUCAGUUGGCUGUAGGCGCGCUGGUGCCAUGUACGUAGAGCCAAACAGCGGCUGCCCCCGUGAUUCUAAGUGUGCUUCAAUGCACGGAGAGUUGGAGCGGCAACGAUGAUGCCACUUGCCUAGACCUAGUUUGUGAUUUGCUUGCUGCGCGGGAUGGAUGCCUGUUGGCCUGUGACGGGCAUCUGCUACCCGGGUUGCCUAGCCCCAUGACCGGCCUUCAUGUCCGACAAUGCUGCUGGAGUUGGAGGGGAAGGCAGUUACCUGAUGCCGAAGCCCAGACGCAGGAUUGCUUGGAGGUCUCCCUUGAUUGUUUGCCGGGACGGAAUAUGGUAUGGUUCGCCAAGAUGGUACCCCUGAUGUGUGUUGGAGGUUCCUUCAUGGGAUCCCUCCCCAGGUGCUGAGCAAGGGACGCGCGGAUCAAGACCGGUAUCAGAAGUCGAGCAGGCUCUUGCGGCUUCUUUUAUUACGUG